CAUGGACGCGUCGUCGAGUUGCGAAUUGCCGCCAUGAGAUCACAUACUCCGUCUGGCGAUCCUCCUAGCGGGCGCAGCCCACUGCCUGGUCGGUUUCGUGCCAGCAGUGGUUCUGCUCUGCCCCGGCCCAACACGUUCCUCCGCGAAUCCAGGGCCUUCCGCGCUACCCAGCCCAGUUAUAACAUCUUUACCGGUACCGAAAGCCCCUCUCGGCGACCAUCGUCCCGCCAAAGCCAGGCCCAUGCGGCUGCUGCCGAAGCGCUGCGUGCGGCGUCUAGAGAGAGUUCCAAGGAAAAUCUCGCCCCGGCCGACGCGCAAGAGUACGAAUCGCAGCGCCAUGUCAUCGAAGAGCUCAAGGCCGAGAUCAGUGCCCUGCGCUACACCAUCAGCACGUUCGAUUCGGAGAAACAGAUGGCCGACGCCCGGCACAAUGCCGACAUGGAAGAUCAGCGCCGCCGCGCCCAGGCCGAUUUCGCCGCAAAACAAGCCGCCGAGUCGGAAAAGUCGCAGGCGCUGCGCCAGCUAGAGGCUGCCAAGCAGGAGCUCGACGAGAUGAGGGAGACGUCCAGCCAAGAGAAGCUGAGCUGGGAAAGGAAGAUCCGUGACGCUGAAGACGAGGCUCGCCUCUUACAAGAGCAGCUGGAGGAUCUGGCGACGGCCAAGGACGAGGCCGCCCGCAUCCACGACAAGAAAAUCACAGAUGUCGAAAUGCAGCUGCAGGCGGCGGAGAAAGCGACGCGCGAGAUGGAUCAGGAAGGGCAAGCACGGGAGGCGGCUCUGCAGCAGGUCCAGGCACAGCUGGCGGAAAAGGAUAACCAGAUGGGGGAUUUGGAGGCCGAAGUGUUGCGUCUCAAGGCCCAGACGGGCGACGCCGAGACCAUGGCGAUCAUCAAGAAGGAACUCUCCGAGCAGGUCACGCAUAUCAGGACGCUGGAAUCUACGAAUCGAGAACAGCUUGCCGAGUUGAAGCACCUUCGGCAAGUCACGAGGGCUGUGGAGGUGGUGGAAGAGGAAAAGCGCUCUCUACAGCGCAAGCUGGAUGCCUUCCGAGCCGUCGAGGACGAGCUCGCCGAGACGCGUAUGCAGCGCCAACGCCUCGAGGAUGAGAGGUUAGCGUGGACGGCCUACCUGAAAACCACGAGCGAAUCGGGCGAUCAUCUCGAAUUCGAGUCGCCCGAGGCCGUGGCGCGCGCCCUGGUUCGAGAGCGGCUCACGUCGGCUUCGUACAUGGACAAGAUGGGAGAACUGCAAGCAGAGCUGGCGGCGCAGGAGAGCACGAUCCACUCCCUGGAGACGGAGGUGUCGAGGCUCAAGUCCGAGGUCGAAAAGGCCAAGGUCAGCGCCAACGCCUCCAGCGCGGACAAGACGCGCAUGCGACUGGAGCGGCAGCGGGCCCUGGCUGCCAAGGAAGUCGAGUACCUGAGGGCGCAGCUUAAGAUGUUCGACGCCGAAGACGUGACUUUCCAGCCCGAGCAGUUUGACGAGCAAAGAGCGAAGCGAAUCCAAGAGCUCGAAGACGUCGUCGACCAGUACAAGGCCGAGGUACAAAAUCUACACGCGGAGCUAUCCUCCCGGGAAUCGUUGUCCCAAUCGACGCCGACGCCGACGCCGACGCCGAGCGUGGGGAACAAACGACCGCGACUGAAUGACGACCACGGCGCCGCCGAGCCGACAAACUCGGCGCUCGCGGAGCAGCAGCUGGCCGAGCUGACGAGGAAGAAGCGCAAGCUGCAGGACGAGUUCUCGGCGCUGCAAUCGCAACACGCGCUGACGGUGAAGGAGCUGUCGGUGGCGCGGGAGCAGGUGCAGGCGCUCCAGUCGUCGUCCAAGACGCGGGUCCUGGCGCUGCGGUCCAACCCGACGUCGGACUACGAGAGGGUCAAGGUGGCGACGCUCAAGGCGCUGCAGGCGGAGAACGCGGAGCUGCUGGCGCACAUGAUGCGGGACCACCCGGGGCGGGGGGCGCAGUCGUCGCCGUCGCGGUCGUUCCCGACGGUGCCGGCGUCGCAGCUGGCGGCGGCGCGGCGGGAGGUGGACGAGGCCAAGGCGGAGACGGCGAGCGCGCAGAAGCUGGCGCGGCGGCUGCGCGAGGUGUGGGGGGCCAAGUCGGCCGAGUUCAAGGAGGCGGUGUUCUCGACCAUGGGGUGGGUGGUGACGUUUAUGCCCAACGGCAAGAUGCGCGUCGAGUCGCAGUACUACCCUUCCCGGACGGACGAGCACGAGAACAGCAUCGUGUUCGACGGGGAGCGCGGGACGAUGAAGGUGGGCGGUGGGCCCAGGAGCGCCUUUGCGGCCAAGAUCUCCAACCAUAUCAAGUAUUGGGUCCACGACAAGGGGUGUAUCCCUGGUUUCCUGGCGGCGUUGACUAUUGAGUUUUACGAGGAGAAGAUGGCGGGCGAGUGAGUGAGGAAUGAAGGAGAUGUGACGAUGUAUGAUGGACUGUGGCCUUUUCUGUUUUCUUUCUUUCUUUUUUUGUCCUUUCCGUUUCUCUUCUCCUUAAUUACCUGAUGUGCAUACGCAUCUAUACCCAUGAUAUGGCAGGGUAGGACAGGUCACCUAGAGGUUGGGCGUUAAAAGGGAGGCAGCAGAUCCCUUGGCUUGGGCUUUUUUUUUUUUUCCUUUUUUUAUCUCCUUUCUUUUUUCCUUCCUUUCUUUCUUUCUUUCUAUCUUUAUUUGGCUCGUUUUUCCUUUCUUUUUUUUCGAGCAGGUCUUUUGCUUUUCAAAUUCAUCAAGCGGCGG